AACCAUGCUAAAAUUGCUGUCAUCGUAGGUAAGGUAAUUUUGUUAUGGGUGUAAGUGCGUGAUCAUUUUCAGUAAGAAAUCAAUUAAAAUUAUAGACUGAUAGGGAAUUACAGCGUUAAAAUGCUGAAACUAGUCAUUGUAGCCCUAUUCGUCUCUUUAACAGCAGCAAGCCUCGUCGAAUAUGAUGGGAUGGUGCAAGUAAAGCUGGAGCAUGGAUUGGACGGUACAGCAAACACAAAGUUCACAGAGAGGGGUAACAUCAGUAUUCCCAGUUUGAGGAUUGGAACUGCUUUGGCACAGCAGACGCUCUCCAAUGAGGAUAGGCUCAAGAUACAGAAUUUGGCCGCUAAAAAUAAGUUCUAUCAGAUGAGAGCAACAGUGGUCACAAAUGAUGGCAGUUACAGUUUCCUGUCUUCAAUUAAAGCUUGCAUGUUGGCUGAAGCAGAAUUAGCUGAUAUUAUAACAAUCACAUUGGAUUACACUGGAAGGAUUAUCACUAUAACCGAGUCCAUUCCAUCAACUUCUACUUGCCAAGGCGCCAAUGUACCUCUCAACAAGUUGAAGGAGUUCAGUUCAAAUGUCUUUGUUAGACAUACUCACAGUGGCCCAGGACCAGAUACAGCUUCGUAUGUGCAGAAAAUUGAAAGGGAACGCGAGGCUAAAGAAAAGGGAGACGUCAAAGAUAACAGAUCAUUUUUGGCAAAAUACUGGAUUUACAUUGUACCGGUAGUAUUGAUCAUGGUCAUAACAGGAACCAAUCCCAAUGAGGCGAACGCCGCUGGUGGAGGCGGCAGAGGUUGAACAAUAUUCGCUUGAAUUUUUUUUUGUUUAGCGAAUUUAGAAAAAUAAAUUAAUUAAUUUAA